AUGACCGAGCUGCGGCCGUCUACCGGAACCUCUAGAACCAGUGAAGCCAGCCGACGGAGUGGCCAGAGCGUUGGGAGCCGACAGAGUCGUAGGAGUGCCGCAGUGAGCGUGCACUCUAGCGCAUCGAACGUUGACGUGAUGAGAGUUCCCCCGAGGGAACGACCCAUUCGAGAUGAAGGCUUCCUCCCCAAGGCUGGUGCCUUCACAGUCACUGGCCUACCUGGCUACACAGGAUACGUGCCUGGAAAAGUGGCUGAGAAUGUGCACGGCCUGACAUUUCAGAAUGCCAAUGAGCGUGCAGCAGCUGAGGGAAGUAUGCUCCGCACCACUGGGAGAUUGCCAAUGCCGUAUGCUGGACGGACCUACGACGGUCCUGCUCCUGGUGCUGAGGUUCCAGGGUACACUGGCUUUAUCCCGGGCCGCUACGCAGACAACGUCAUGGGAACGACGUUCGCCAAGGGCGCUGAACUGUCAUUCAUUAUCAAGAAUCAGCAAAUGGCCGAACGCCUUCAUCGCGUGCAAUGCUACCGUCAGGGAGAGAGACCUGUCAGCCGGCCAGCUUGA